AUGGACAGCAGUAAUUGCAAAGUUAUUGCUCCUCUCCUAAGUCAAAGAUACCGGAGGAUGGUCACGAAGGAUGGCCACAGCACACUUCAAAUGGAUGGUGCUCAAAGAGGUCUUGCCUAUCUUCGAGAUGCUUGGGGAAUCCUAAUGGACAUGCGCUGGCGCUGGAUGAUGUUGGUCUUUUCUGCUUCUUUUGUUGUCCACUGGCUUGUCUUUGCAGUGCUCUGGUAUGUUCUAGCUGAGAUGAAUGGUGAUCUGGAACUAGAUCAUGAUGCCCCACCUGAAAACCACACUAUCUGUGUCAAGUACAUCACCAGUUUCACAGCUGCAUUCUCCUUCUCCCUGGAGACACAACUCACAAUUGGUUAUGGUACCAUGUUCCCCAGUGGUGACUGUCCAAGUGCAAUCGCCUUACUUGCCAUACAAAUGCUCCUAGGCCUCAUGCUAGAGGCUUUUAUCACAGGUGCCUUCGUGGCGAAGAUUGCCCGGCCAAAAAAUCGAGCUUUCUCAAUUCGUUUUACUGACUUAGCAGUAGUGUCUCACAUAGAUGGCAAACCUAAUCUUAUCUUCCAAGUGGCCAACACUCGACCUAGCCCUCUAACCAGUGUCCGGGUCUCAGCUGUACUCUAUCAGGAAAGAGAAAAUGGAGAACUCUACCAGACCAGUGUGGACUUCCACCUUGAUGGCAUCAGUUCUGAGGAAUGUCCAUUCUUUAUCUUUCCACUAACCUACUAUCACUCCAUUACACCAUCAAGUCCUCUGGCUACUCUGCUCCAGCAUGAAAACCCUUCCCACUUUGAAUUAGUUGUAUUCCUUUCAGCAAUGCAGGAGGGCACUGGAGAAAUAUGCCAAAGGAGGACAUCCUACCUACCCUCUGAGAUCAUGUUACAUCACUGUUUUGCAUCUCUGUUGACCCGAGGUUCCAAAGGUGAAUAUCAAAUCAAGAUGGAGAAUUUUGACAAGACUGUCCCUGAACUUCCAACUCCUCUGGUCUCUAAGAACCCAAACAGGACUGACCUGGAUAUUCGCAUCAAUGGACAAAGCAUUGACAAUUUUCAGAUCUCUGAAACAGGACUGACAGAAUAAGAUUUAUCUAUGGCACCAUAUUUUUUAAUGUAUUAAAUAUACCCAGCCAGUUAUGCAGCUACUUUUCCUUCAUUGUAUCUUAUGUUUUCUUUUUUUCAAUGCUGAUUAUACCUGUCUGAUUACGUCAUGGUAAUCAUGCCUAUGCCCACAAAAAAAUGGCUGUGCUAACAAUACACAUUCUGGAAACAUAACAUUCUACCUUACAAAGUUUGUAUCUGUGUUAUCUGCAGAAAUCGGUGUCACUCAACUUGACAGAUUCUUAUACAGAAAAGUUGCUGUGAAUUUAUAAAGAUGCGGUGCGAUACCAGUUCUGAAGUUAAAAUGGACUGUGAAGUUUAACACAGCUGAACUGUAAGAAAAUCAACCAUAAACGCUCAUUUUCAUCUGCAAAUCGAAGCAAGAGUCUAGUUUCAAACCCAGCUCCCUGGGUAGAAUGAUGAUUUCACAAUAUUUAGUGAACAUUCUUUAAAAACUUAUUUUUUUCAAGACAGCAAAGAUCAUUCCUUUGGUUCUUUAUACUACAAAACUAGGGUAAGUAUUACCUCCUUAAUUUUUAACAGCUAAGAACAAAAAUUCACGAGAAAAACAACAAAGUAUAGAUUUAUACAUAACCCUAAAAGCAUUUGGACAAGACAUCCAAACAGAUGUAUAUGUUUAUAUAUUUGUGGCAGAAGGUGAUCAAAGAAAGUUAAGAUGAGCUCCAGCCCAAAAGGAACCUGCAGGGUGGCUUUUUGGCAAGGAGAUACAAAAUUAUAUCUAAUUCAAAACGACUCUGCAUAAUAAUCAAAUAGUGAUUUAAAAACUUUAAUCACCUAUUCAUCUGAAUGGCUUCUAGUAACCUAAGUAAAAACAUCCCCUUCCUAAGAUCCAUAUGAUGGUAUAAAAAAAAAAUCACCAUAGCUCUAAAUAAUUCACAAAUGCAAACAUAGGUAUAAAAGUUUAGUUAGAUAUAAUGCAACCAGAAAAAAAAAUCUCCAAUAGAUAAAGCAAAAAAUAAUUAGGCAACAAAGUAUUUUCAAACCCAAAUUCCUGUUUCCAACUUCAAAUAGUUUUUUCUAUAAACACAAAAAGUGUUUAUUCACCAGUAGGAGGCUGGACUAGAUGAACUGUUAUUUCUUUCAGAAUCUAAUACUCCAUAAAAAUUAUGUUUUUUCUGCUUUGUUUUCUAUUUUAUAUAUGCUAAAAUGAACGCUUUCCCUUACAUCCAGUUUAAGACAAUCCUUUGUAUAAUUUUCACUUCAAUUAAAAAAAAAAAAGAAAAAAAAGAAGCUGUCCUCAAACAAUACAAUAACCAAAAAAGUCACCCUAUCAGAUUUCAAACAGAUUUGUGGCUGUUCUUCUUUUCUGAAAUUUCCCUUAUUCAGGUUUUUGUGGGAAAAGUGAAAGAUUAACCUUUCCCACUGGUGAUGGCCUAGGUAGGAAUCAUCCUUGGAAAUAAAUACUAGCUGAGUAAAGGCAAGCAGCUGUUAAGAGCAGGGUAUAGCAGCAAGUCACAUUUUUCUACUAUUUGACCAAAAGGAAAAGAAAAUAAAGAACUUUGGAGUCAUCUAAGACUGAUAAUAGCAGAAGAAUAUCAAGAACACAGAAACUUAAUUAUUAUUAACUUUUGCUGUUUGAAAAUCUUAGGCAUUCAUUCUUAAGUAGUAGCCAGACCAACAGACUUUUUUUCCCCAACCCAAGACUAUUGUAACACGUAAAGACAGAGGGAAUUUUUAUUUCUAUAAUAAAUUAACAAGAUUCACCUAACCUGUGAAAAUAAAGUAGUAUUGAAGACU